AGAAACACACCUCACAGAAAGAAGCCAGUUCCCAUAUGCAUAACUGCAAUGUGCCUGCUUGCUGCCCGCCAUACCCAUGGGCCAGCCCGGGAGCACUGCCAGGCGAUGGGUCAAUGCGUGUGUGGAUGUGGUGCUCUCGGGAGUGAAGCUCCUGCAGGCGCUCGGCCUACGUUCCGGGAAAGGGAGAGAUCAUGCCGUGCUGCACUCCAGGAAGGAUCUGGAAGAGGCCUUUGCCCACUUCAUGGCACAGGGCGCGGCAGCCGAGCGCUUCUUCAGUGACCAGGAAGCCUUCCACACCAUCGCCCAGGCUGCGUCCGAGUCCCCGGGAGCCCAGCACUACGUGGGAGGAAAUGCAGCUUUGAUUGGACAGAAGUUUGCGGCCAACACAGAUCUGCAGGUUCUUCUCUGCGGCCCAGUUGGCCCAAAGCUGCACGAACUCCUUGAUGACAACAUAUUUGUCCCACCCGAGUCGCUGCAGGAAGUGGAUGAGUUCCACCUCAUCUUGGAGUACCAAGCGGGGGAGGAAUGGGGCCCGUUUAAAGCUCCCCAUGCCAGCCGCUUCAUCUUCUCGCACGACCUCUCCAACGGGGCCAUGAAUGCGCUGGAGGUGUUUGUGUCCAGCCUGGAGGAGUUCCGGCCCGACCUGGUGGUCCUCUCGGGUCUGCACAUGCUGGCGGGACGUGGCGAGGAGCUGCAGAGGAAGAGACUCCUGGAGGUUGUGAACUCUCUCUCUGACAUCCCUGCUGGUGUUCCUGUUCACCUUGAGUUGGCCAGCAUGACGGACAGGGAGCUCAUGCGCAGCGUCGUGCACCAGCAGGUCUUUCCUGCUGUGACAUCCCUGGGGCUGAAUGAGCAGGAGCUGCUGUUUCUGAGCCAGGCAGUGUCGGGCCCUCACGCUGGCAUCUCUUCCUGGGACGGCGUCCCCGACGUGGGCAUGGUCAGCGACAUCCUCUUCUGGAUCUUGAAAGAACACGGGCGGAGUGAGAGCAGAGCCUCGGACCUCACGCGCGUCCAUUUCCACACGCUGGCCUACCACAUCCUGGCCACUGUGGAUGGACACUGGGCCAACCAGCUUGCCGCCGUGGCGGCAGGAGCUCGCGUGGCAGGGACACAGGCUUGCGCCACCGAAGCCAUAGACACCAGCCGGGUGACUCUGAGGGCCCCCCAGGAGUUCAUGACGUCGCACUCGGAGGUAGGCACCAGGGUGGUGUUGGACCCCAGCAAACCAGUGGAGCAGUGGCACCGGGGCGGGGUGACCUUCCACUUCACGCCUGUGCUGGUGUGCAAAGACCCCGUGCGAACCGUGGGCCUGGGGGAUGCCAUCUCAGCAGAAGGACUCUUCUACUCCGAAGCACAUUUGGCCACGGGGUUUGAGUGAGGACCACAGGUCAGGGAGAAUUCAGGAAGCGGCCUGUGGGUAUCAGAAGGUUCCAGGGCCAGCUGGAAGACAGCCAAAGAAACCACAGCAGAUUGUGCUCCGCUGUAAACCGAUACAUUCCAGCCUGCAGGGAUCGCGUAAACGCACUUGCUCAUCCAGCGCUGGCUGUCUGCUAAGGAGACUGCAUUUCUGUUUUCUGUGUUACAUGUUACAUGGGGAAAACCUCAGCUCCCAAACUGUCCCUUUCUAUAGCACCAUCAAGAAUCCAAAGCCCAAGUUCUUCACCCCAGGAGUGCCCGAUGGGAGAGUGCAGGCCCUCCACAGCUGCGGGCCACGCUCUGGGUGCAGCAGAGGCCAAGGAUGGCUGAGCUGCUGGGCCCAAGGCCCGGGCAGCCUGCCACUUCUGCCUCCAUCCCCCAGGCCCACCUCACCCAGCUCUGAUGUGCGGCCUCUGAGCCCUGCAGACUUGCUGACAACUGGAAUGUGCUGCUGCGGGCAGCAGAGCACGGGUUUAUGCUCUGACAUACCCCUCAGGCGCUCGACCUCACAAAGCCCCAGGAUCAUGAAUAAGUGUGUCAUGUAUUUAUUAUUUUUUUUUAAUAAAACAAGACUUCUGUGUGCUUCUAAAAAUAC